CAAUCACUAUCAGCUGAAGACACUUAGCACGUAGAUCUGCUCUGAUCCUCCAAAACAAACUAACAAACAUUUAACUAAAUCAAACUGCAAGUGUUUCACUAAAACUAAAGAAAUGGAUCACUGACGUGUGGACUCUCAACCCAGUAGGACAGUAAGGUGACCCGUCACACAGGUAACGAAGGCGUGGCCAGGACCCACCUGACAUUCUGUUCCCGCCCCUCUUACAUCAUCACCGCACACGAUGGCGACGUCUCAACUUCUCGAGUCGUCUCAGAACGCAGACGAAGACGUCGUCCACAUCGACGUGACGGUUUUAGACGCGCCCCAACAGACUCCGCCCACAGAAUACACCCUGCCCGUUCAGGAAGUGGGCGGGGCUUCAGGCGACACCAGGCCCCAGUCCCGCCUGUCGCGCGGCUGGCGGAUGCUGCGUAAGAACCAGGACUACAUCCGCAUUAGCAUUAGCAAAGGCAAGAGACGGGCGGAGCGCCUGCCGGCCGAGUGGUGGAAGACCGGCCUGUCCUUCCUGUGGGCGGCGACCAUGCUGUUCUGCACCACCGUCAUGAUCACCGUGGUACACGAGCGCGUCCCGGAGAAGGAGUCCAACCCCCCGCUGCCCGACAAGUUCUUCGACUACGUGCCGCGGCUGAAGUGGGCGUUUACCGUCACCGAGGUCAACGGCAUCGUCCUGAUCCUCGUCUGGGCCGCCCAGUGGCUCUGUCUCAAACACAAAUCAAUAGUGGCUCGCAGGUUCUUCUUCAUGAUUGGAGUUCUGUAUCUGUAUCGCAUCAUCACCAUGUACAUCACCACACUUCCUGUUCCCAGCAAUCACAUGAACUGUGCUCCCAAGCUGAACGACGACUCCCUGGGUAAGGUGCACCGCAUCUUCCAGCUCGUCUCCGGUGGAGGUUUGUCCAUCACGGGUUCUCACAUGAUGUGCGGCGACUUCAUGUACAGCGGCCACACCGUCAUGCUCACCCUCACCUUCCUCUUCAUCAGAGAGUACUCCCCUCCCUCCCUGUGGUGGUACCAACUGAUCUGCUGGGUGAUGAGCGCGGUGGGCGUGGUGUUCAUCCUGGUGGCUCACGAGCACUACAGCGUGGACGUGGUGGUGGCGUACUUCAUCACGUCACGCCUCUUCUGCUGGUACCACACCAUGGCUAACAACCAGGGUCUGAGAGAUUCUCCUCACAACUACCUGAGCCGCGUCUGGUGGAGGUUCUUCUUCAACUUCAUGGAGAGGAACGUGAGCUGCCCGGUGCCCUGCACCUUCUGCCCGCCGUUCUCCCUGCCCGCCUCCUGCAUCAUCAAGAACCCCUGCGCCAGCUACUCCAAAGUACAGACGUCCCGCGAGGAGUGACACGCCCGCGCGCACACACACACACACACACAGCAGUAUUUUACUCGGCGUGAUACGUCACGUGACGGACUGUUUGCUGAUCACAUGACUUCAGUGUGGCGGAGAUGAAGACGAUCAGACUCAGAUGAAGGAUGAUUGUUGUGUUUGUGUUGCUGAUUUUGUACCUCCGCCACACUUCACAUGUGCCAUUUUUACCUUGUACAUGUUUACUGACGUUACUGGAAGGAUUUUUAUUGUUUGUUUUGAUUUAUUUCCUGUAAAUAUUGUAUUAUUUUAUUAUUAUUAUUGUUAUGAAUAUUGUUUGUGUUGAACAGUAAAGUAUUUUUUUCUAUAAAGGCUGAAACCUCA